AGUUCUGAAGAAGCGACGGUAGCUGGUAAGAGGAUAGAGAUGGAGGCGAAGAAGUCGACAGUGGUCGUCGUUGCCGUCCUGUCCAUGCUCCUCCUCCUCAUGCUAUCCGCGCAGCAGCAGGUUGCUGCCAGUGCCAAGUCCGAGUUCUGCGCGUGCUACAAGGAGUGCUACCACGGGUGCAGGGACGACCACGUGCCGCGUGUGUUCUGCAUCCCGUUCUGCCUCAACAAGUGCAGCCCCAGCCAGGCCGCCGCCGGUGCCGCCGCCGGCGACUCAUGCAGGGAAGGCUGCGCCCGCUUCACGAUCUGCGGCCUGUCCGAACCAUCGGCCGAUGCAGCCGAUGCCGAGGUAUGUGUCCAGAACUGCAACGAGAAGUGGAACCAUCAGCUUCCCAUAAUUAAGGCGAAGUAAAACUUUGGAGAACGGCUCUGUUUGAGGAGAGGGAAAACAAUUGUAUGGUUCGAAGAGCUUGUGGAUCAUGGGAUCGUUAUAUAUGAUUGUUGAAUGGCUGUGACUGUAGCAGCAAUAAAUAAAAUUGUUAUUUCGCUCCUGA